CCUAGCCCCAUGGCUUCGUUCGGGCCGACGGGCUUGCCAAACUCAGAGCACCUGCGGCACACCAACAAAGGGACGAUGAUCUUCAGCUACACCUGCGUCGGCCUCACGGGCGCCGCGCUCUUCUCCGUCGCCUUCUUCUUCUGCUAUCAGCUCCGCAACCGGGCACCGGUCGCGGCCGCGGGAGCGGAGACCGGCCGCCGCCGCACGGUGGACCUUGCCAAGCUGCCGGAGUUCGCGUACACCCACUCCGCCAGGCACGGCGGCAAGGAGGGCGGCGGGGAAGGCGCGCAGUGCUCCGUGUGCCUCGGCACGGUGCAGGCCGGCGAGAUGGUGCGGCUGCUGCCCUUGUGCAAGCACCUGUACCACGUGGAGUGCAUCGACAUGUGGCUGGCGUCCCAUGACACUUGCCCGCUUUGCCGCGCGGAGGUUGAGCCCCAGCCCCCGGAGGACGAUGGCCAGCCCGAGGUGACGACCGAGCUGCCGGUCUAG